AUGUACCAGCUCCUUCUCGUCCUCGCAGGCCUCGCCAGCCACGCCUCGGCAGCAUGCGACCGCACCAUGCUCAAGGACGCCACGGCGGCGUAUCUCAAGGCCCAGGCCGCCGGCGACCCCAAGAUGCCGGCCCUCUCCGCGACCGUCAACUACACCGAGAACGACGUGGUCAUGGACAUAUCCAAGGGCGUGCUCGCGCAGCCCGUCGUCGUCGACUUUGACCGCAGCCUGCUCGACACGAACCAGUGCGCCACCUUCACCGAGAUCUCGUCGGCCACCAACAAGCACCCGUACGUCAUCCAUACACAGAUGCGGUUCGGCGACGACGGCAAGAUCGACACCGUCCAGUCGGUCGUGGCCGACGCGGGCGACUGGGUGUUCAACGCCACGGCGCACUUGUACUGGAACAAGCAGGAGAAGUGGGAUCCCAUCCCCGAGGACAAGCGCGACAAGCGCGAUGUCAUACAGGCCGCGGGCGAUGCGUACCUCGACAGCUGGACCGACGGGAAAGUGAAGGUGCCGUACGGCUCGCCCUGCGCACGGCUGGAGGGCGGCAUGUACACGGGCACCACGGCGACCAAGACCAACACGUGCACAAUGCCGCAGUUCCCGGAGGCGUUCACGAUCAAACACAGGCGGUACGUGAUUGACGAGGAGCUCGGCGGCCUAAGCAUCUUCAACGAUUUCCCAUUCAUCGACAAGACGAAGCCUGAUGGGGCGCCUAGUUCCAACUUCUUCCGGCUUGAGGGUGGCAAGAUUCGGUAUAUCCAUGAGAAUACGGUCUGUGCUACCCGGAACUGUGGGCGUUGA